AUGACUGCAAACGACAGCGGCGAAAAGAACGAAACGGAUCAUAUUUUUUCUCCUUUCGUCUUCACUUGGACUGUAGCAAUAGGGCUGAGAGUUGGAUUAUAUAUAAUCAUUUUUACUGCUGCCAUCUUAGGCAAUGUUUUAGUUAUCGUAACUCUUACUCAAAACAAAAGAAUGCGGACUGUAACAAACACAUUUCUUCUGAAUCUAGCCAUCAGCGAUCUUCUUCUUGGUGUCUUCUGCAUGCCAUUCACUCUGGUUGGAAGUCUGCUGAAAAACUUCAUCUUUGGUGACGUCAUGUGCCGGCUCAUCCCUUACCUUCAAGCCGUUUCAGUGUCCGUUAGCGUGUGGACCCUGGUUUCUAUUUCUUUGGAAAGGUAUUUUGCCAUCUGCCGGCCGUUAAAAUCAAGACAAUGGCAGACAACAUCUCACGCUUGCAAAAUAAUCAUGUUUGUUUGGACAGGGUCCUUUCUGGCGAUGCUUCCAACUGCUGUUCUGAGUAGACUCCUAGAAGUCAAGUCUAGUGGUCGCUACAAGUGUCGGGAGUUAUGGCCACAGAAAGUUCCGGAGCAACUCUUUAACCUCUACCUAGAUGUCAUACUAUUGGUCAUUCCACUGGUCGUCAUGUCUGUAGCGUAUAUAAUCAUUGUUCGGAGACUAUUUUUCGGACUACAGGCUGGUAAUGAAGAAUUCGGCCUGAACCCACUAGGAAAUGGUAGACAAGUAAACAUGGCAACUGAUGGGCAGAAUGAGAGAACUUACAACACCGUUAUUGUUCACAGUCUUCACACAAGGACUAACAUUCAGAGACAUCUUGUUGUAAAGGGAACAACAAAGAAAAGCUACGCAGCUAAGAAACGAGUUAUUAGGAUGUUGUUCGUUGUUAUGGUGGAAUUUUUUAUUUGCUGGACACCUCUCUAUGUCAUUAAUACGUGGUCUAUAUUUGACCCGGUCACAAUUUAUGGAAAACUUGGUACCACUGGAUUUUCAGCUAUUCAACUUCUAGCUUAUAUUUCGUGUUGUUGUAACCCUAUGACGUACUGUUUCAUGCACAAAAAAUAUCGCCAAGCUUUUCUCACUGCCGUGGGAUGCAAAAAGCGAAGAUCAUGGAGAUCUUAUCGGUGGAGCGAUAGUGUCCAUUCAAAUAUUCCACGAAAGAAAAGAAAAAAAAAUGGUCGAACCACUUCCAAGGCCGGACAGAUGAGAAAGGCAAGGAUACAAGAAACAACUGAGGAAGCAGAGGUACAAAAACAAUAUGAUCAUUUUCGAUAUGCACAAGCUGUAGCAGAUGAAUCAACAGAAGAAAAGAACACCCGUCGGGAAUCAAACCGUCUUCAAAGAUCAACUUAA